AUGACUGCACUAAUGCCCAAAGCCUUCUCCUUGUCAAAGACCACUAAAAGGACGUCCACCAAACAGAGGGACAUCUCUCCGACAAGAAGAACGUCGACAUUCAGAACUGCCAAAGCAUCCGUCGAGGUAAAGAGGCUUGUCAAGGAAUCCAUCGAGGCAGCAAGACUUCGAACGGAAAAAGACUGUGUCAAAGGUCUUCGAUCCUAUUGUGACGAGUCCAGCAUUAAGAUUUCGGAUAGCCUGUUGUUUCGGUUUGCUUGCUUUCAUGAAUUUGAUUUGCAAAAUGCCCAGGAGGGCAUUGCUCGGAGCCGCGAUAACGAGCACUAUCUCAACCUCAAGAUGAACCCAGGUCUCCAAGAGUUCUUCCACCGCAGAAUCCUCUAUCCCCUCCCUGGUCUUGUCAAGACCAAGACAGGCGACAAGAUGCAAGCCAUCUACUUUCGCCCGUCUCGUUUCCGUGCGCAAGAUCCAGCUCACCAUAAAUAUGUCAUCGAGAGCCUCCAGUACAUUCUGAACGAUUUGGACCGGUCUCAUAAGGAAAGCCCAGCUGGUGUUGCUGUCAUCAUCAAUCUCAAAGGAUAUUCCAACAAGAACUUUCAUCCACAUAGUAUGGCCAAGUUCCUUGGGAGUUUCGAAGGCAAGUUGGUACCUACCAAGGUGGAUCUAUUGAUCUUUGUGGACGCCCCCGAUACCUUCAAGCCAUUCAUGACUUUCUGCAAGAACGUAUUCUCGAUGGACUUCUCCAGAAAGGUCCACAGCAUCAAGUCCAGCAAGCUUUCAUCCUUCUUCAUGCCCGGCUACGAAGAAUACUUUCCAAGUGAACUCUCCGGCGGAUGGAGAGACAUCGAAGACGAUAUCGAUGACUACGUAGACCUCAAGAGCUACGAAGAUGAGAUGAGAACUCAAGAAGAGAUUUCAUGGCAAGAGUAA